AUAGGUUUAAAUUGUUUUAAUGUACAAUGAAAUGGGUUUAUAUUGUUAAGGCAAGUGAGAUCACCUUCAUUCUGUGCCAGGAUUUGAUCUUGAACUAUACAUACACGGGGUAUUGUUUAACACAGUUGAACACUUACCUUUAAAAGCACACUCGUAAAACAACACAGACAUUUGCAGAAUGGCGUUUUCUACAAACUCAACUCCUCAGCUGAACUCAACCUUUGUUUUAUUAGUUGAAGCUCCAUACACGUACCCCGAGUUGGUCUUGUGUGCCGUUGGGUUCUCUAUCCUGAUAGUCCUGGCAAUCAGCGGCAACAGCCUGGUCUUGGUUGCUUUGGCCCGUACCAAGAAACUUCAGAACGUCACUAACGUGUUCGUAGUCAACUUGAGCGUAACUGAUUUCCUUACCAGUUUGGCAAUCAUGUGGAUGGUACCUGGCAUGCUGAGUAAAACGCCAGGCUACCCAUUGCAGCCUGACAUCCCCUGCGUUGUCUCGGCUGCUCUUGCCCAGAUCACCCUUAGUAGCAGCCUUUUUACCCUGGCAAACAUCGCCCUGAACCGGUGCAUCCUGAUCACCAGACGUAUUGAGACCUACCAAUGGCUGUACACACCAAGGAAGACUGCCUUGAUGGUUUUCGGCUCAUGGCUUAUCCCCGUGUGUACCACCAUCAUACCGCCAUUGUCCGGCAUCGGUGGCCUCGGUUUUGAUCCUAAGACACGCUUCUGCAAAGACAUUGAAACUCACCCGAGAGUUGACGAGUACGACGGUCUUCAGUUUGUCGUGUUUUUCCCGCUACCAUUCCUUGUCAUCGCUACUUCGUAUCUCCUGAUUUGGCGACAUGUCAGACGUCAUUUCAAGAAGCGCCAACAAGAUGUAGGCCUACACGGUCUGCAGGUACCGAACGUUAACGCUAGUCGCCCUGGCCCGUCGUCUUCUUCACAGCAAGAGAGCGACGUCGACGAUGCCCACACCAGUAGCUCCCCGCAGCCCGCUAGGAUUAUCGACACCCAGAGUGCAAGUCAACUGAGCCGUAUCAGGAGUGAACAACUGGCAAUUACCAAGAACCUCUGUCUGAUAGUUUUAGCCUUCAUAGUGUGCGUCAUUCCCUAUGCCAUCAUUGAUAUCACUGGCAACAACCGGUUCGAGUUGUACGGCGCCUUGAUCUUAUUCGUCAGUUCUUCCAUUAAUCCUCUCAUCUAUUCCGUCAAGCAUCCACACUUGGGCCCAGUGAUGAGAUCUUUGGUAAGCUCCAGAUGUACUUCAGGAUCUAGUGGCUCCUCUAUAGAGGUUCCGUAGAUCCUACGAGACUUUCAUCAAUUAUCUUCUUUUAGGGAGGGGGGGAUCAUGUAUUUCUUGUAUUUCUUUUGCACUGUAAAAGCACCUUAGUGGGAUGUAAUCCCUUUUUUGCAAUAUAUCAAUAUUACGUUACCUGAUGGCAUUAUUCAAACACUAAACAGUGCCGGUUCAAACUCAUUAUUGUGAUAAAAAUGUGUAUUAAUGUCCUUUUGCAACUCAUCUCAACAUAUGCAAAAGAUAUAACUAUACAUGUACACGUAUUUCACAAACGAUAUGACUUUAAUCACCAUCCCCAUCCUGAAUUAUGAAAUCAAUAACCGAAUAUGAAUUCAAAAUCCCCUUUGCUAAAACCAAUUCCUUCAAAAUUUUGCUUUAACAAUUUUUCAUAUAAUUUGGACCAGUCUGCUCAUUGAUGCUAGAGAACAAGCAAUCAGCUCAACUCAACCUAACUGUUACUCAUCGCCACAUUUUGUAAUAAAAUCCUUGCAAUUGUUAUAUUGACCCUGACAGUAAUGGGUCCUGUGCUUUUAAUGUAAUUUUACACGCAUCCUAGGGGUCUGGGUUAAUCUAUGUAUUUCUAAUAAUUAUUCAGAUUUUUUUGGUGCGGCGCCUUCUCUCCUCUCCUGAAAUUGUAGAC